CGCGAACCGGGCAGUCGCGCAGUGGGCUUCGGUCGCGGACGCGGAGGCGGAAUUCAGAGCCACGCAGCGCCCGAUGCGUACGAUUCGCUUCUGCGCAACAGCCAGCGCCCAACGCAAGCCAACCUACCACGCUCGCUUCCAUGCGAGUCUAAGCGACUCUUGCAAAACGUCUCAAUAAUAUUUUGGAUUUUAACUAACAAAAGGAGCUGCUGUCUGCCUGGAACCUGCCUUGGAAGUGGGCGUGCGUGCGUGGUGGAGCGAGUGCAGGUGCUGGGAGUGCCGUCGCCAUGGCGACCGCCGCGCGGGCCACGCAGCGCGCCUGCGCUCUGCUCUGCGCCCUGGCGCUGACGCUCGCCAGCGCCCUCCCGACGACUACACAACGAGCAGAGGCGGAACCAACAACUGAACGUAUUCUUCUCAACAGCAUCGAAUCGCAGUCAGCGGAUGCGGUGGUGUCACUAGUGAAAGAUGGUAGUAGUAGUAGUGCUGAUGGUAUUAGUUGUGAUGUGAUGGUGGAGGUGGUAGCGGUGGUAUUAAAGGUAGUAGUUGUAAGUGAUGUUGAUGUGGGUGGUGGUGUUAGUGGCAGUGGCGAUGAGGGCGUGUGUUUGGCGUGCGCAGGGGCCGCGGGCGCGGGCGAGGGCGGGUGCCCGGCGCUGGUGGGGCGCGCCGCGUGGGGCGCCGCGCCGCCUCGCCAGGUGGAGCGCCAGGAGGGGCCGGCGCUGCUGGCCGUCGUGCACCACACCUACGUGCCCGGUGCCUGCAACUCGUCGGCGGCGUGCGAGGCCGCCAUGCGCGCCAUGCAGCGCUUCCACCAGGAAGAGCGCGGGUGGAACGACAUCGGAUACAACUUCGUGGUGGGCGGCGACGGGCGCGUGUACGAGGGGCGCGGCUGGGGCGUGGUGGGCGCGCAUGCGCUGCACUACAACCUGCGCAGCGUCGGCGUCUCGCUCAUCGGCGACUACGUGGAGGCGGCGCCGCCCGCGCACAUGACGGCGCUGGCGCAGCGGCUGCUGGCGUGCGGCGCGCGGCGCGGCGCCCUGGCCGCCGACUACAGCCUGCUGGGCCACCGCCAGGUGCGCAACACGCAGUGCCCCGGCGACGCCUUCUACGCGCAGCUCAGCGCCUGGCCGCACUGGGUGGCGCGCCUCGACCCCGCCCUCGACGCCACCGUCCGCGCCAACGCCACCACCACCACCACCACGCCCUCGCCCACUUAAACACUUCGCUAUUUGCAAUAAUAGGUUUCCUUCCUCUUAUACAGCGUGUCUCAGAAUAAAUGCUACACACCUCUAGGGCCUAGACAUGCGUCAAAGAUCUAUUGCCAAUAAAUAUACAGUGUGAAAUCACAUAUGACGAAGUUAAUGUAACAUUUUCCCUUGAAGUUCGCUUUGAAAGCACAGCUGUUCCGCAGUACAUCAAACCUCGUUGAUGGCGACAAAACGUGACCUGCCGAACAUCUGUUCAUAACGAUUUGCCUAAAAGGGGGGGGGGUCACAUAUUUAAUUUCGAAUGUUAAUUGGUAGGGGGUGGAUUUUGAUUAAAUGUCACUUUUUUCUUUUCACUUUAGAACAAUGCAGUUUAGUAUAGAAAUUAAAUUUACUAUUUAAAUUAAUCUUCCAAUGCCAAAAGGAAAUGACCCUUUUUUCAUUUUUCGUUCACUUCCAGUAAGCUAUUUUUCCUUUUCCGCCAUUUUUAAUAUUUUUUCGCUGUUUUGAUUAAUUUUAAUGGUGCUUGCUUCAAAUAAUAUUUACGAGAUGCAACAAAUGUUCUCCAGAGAAUUCCUGAGGAGCCUGUCCGAUGUCUUCGCUAAAAAUUGUCAUUUCUGGCUCAGUAUGUAAUCUAAGGUUCCUAUGACGCCCAUUAGUGCCACUGUCGGUUCGGCUGUUUUAGCGGUAACUGAAGACAGAUUUCCUGGUAAAGAAUAGUCCAUACCAAAAGUUUGCAAG